UGUUGUUUUCCGUCUUAAUAGACGGGUGUUUUCAACGGCGGCUCUGGGAAAGCCCCAUAGAUUUCUGCUGGUCCCUUCAAUGAACUGCUGUUUUGUUGCUGUGCACUUCUUGAUGACUAUACCUCGGAGAAAUGGAAGAAGAGAAAGCUAACCUUAAGCGAUUAUUGGAAAAUCUGACAUCAGCUGAUAUGAAGAAUUUUGUAUUUAACCUGGAGCCAGCAGCGAAGAAGUAUAAAUGUAAUAAAAUCCCAUUAGGCCUACUGGAGAAUACUCAAAAUGAAGCUUGGGAGAUUGCCAGGCUCAUGAUUGGUCAUUAUGGGGGACAAGCUAAAGAUAUGGCUGUGGAUAUCUUAAACCACAUUGGUAGGAAGGAUCUCAUACCCUUUGAAGGGCCAUGUGCAGUGUCUGCAGGAAGAACGACAGUUGAUUACAAGGAUCAGUACAGAAAAGAAAUAAUGCAAAAUUAUACAUUGAUAAGAGAGUAUAACUGCCUUCCAGCAGAAAGAGUAGAGUUUAGUUCUCGAUACACCAAGCUAACCAUCAUUAAGAAAAGACAACAUUUGGAAGAAAAAAGAAAGGAGUUCCUUGCAAAGGGCGACAAUCAUUUGCAGCUAAUGAGAAAGCACAGGGAUUCCAACAUUACUGUUGAAUGCUUCUUUUCUCCUGUUGAAUUCAAUAAAUGUGACAAAGAGAUGAGGACGGUGGUCAUUCAGGGCCCAGCAGGAAUUGGAAAGACAUUCAUGGUGCAUAAAAUUAUGCUGGACUGGGCCUCAGGUGAACUGUUCCAAGACAGAUUUGAUUUUGUGUUCCACCUGCAGUGCAGAGAACUAAGAAUAAGUGAUCAGGAUGGUAUAGAGGACUUGAUUCUGAAGUGUUCCACUCAUUUACAAGGUGGUAUAAAGGAAAUAUUGUCCAAGCCAGAACGUCUCCUUUUCAUUUUUGAUGGUUUUGAUGAGCUCAGUCUUCCUUCCAGUGAAGCCAGUGGAAGAGAGAUGAGUGCAGUGAUAAGAUUACUAAGGAGGAAUGAGAUGCCUCAGGUGUCACUGCUUAUCACAACACGGCCCACUGCUUUGGAAUUGCUCGACAGUAUGGUACAAAUUGAUCGUUAUGCAGAGAUUGUUGGAUUUUUAGAAGAUGAAAUAAAAGAAUAUUUUUUAAAAAGCUUUCAUGAAAAGGAAAAAGCUUGCGGUGCUUUUAACAUCAUCAAAGGGAAUGAUGUGGUCCUGUCCAUGUGUUUUGUACCUAUAGUCUGCUGGAUUGUCUGUUCAAUGAUGAGAGAAAAUGAUGAAGAUGGUGAAGAUCUUCUGAAAAAUGUGACAACUGCUUCUCAGGUCUUACUUCAUUUUUUAAAUAAACUGAUGGAGCAUCAUUGUAGCAAUUUUAAACAGUCAGACUUUCUCCCAAAAGCCAGUAGACUGGCAUUCCAUGGAAUCCAAGAAGAAAAGAGUUUGUUCACAGAGGCAGAACUCACAAAGUUUGCAAUCACUAUUUCUGGCACCGAAUCAACAAUUUUUAGCAAAACCUUUUAUAAGAGACACUUGAAGGCUGAAGCUGUGUACCAUUUUGUGCAUUUAAGUAUUCAGGAGCUGUUUGCUGCCUUUUAUUGUGCUUCCCAAGCAUCGAGUGAAGUGAUUAGAAAGCUUCUAAUAGACUCUUUGAAACCUGACCAUGGCAAUCUCAUCCAUAUAAUUCAUUUCCUGUUUGGUCUCACUAAUGUGACAUCACAAGAAAUUAUCAAAGACUUAAAAAUUACUUUAAGGAGUGAUCUAAGAUUAGCACUUGAAAAAUGGUUUCCAGAAGCAGCGAAGUGGUACAGAGAAAAAUACAAAACAUACGCAUGGAACUGCAAAGAAAGAAAUCCACAGUUCCUCCUGCAGCUUUUGUACUGCCUAUAUGAGAUGCAGGAUGCCAAGUAUGCUGCAACUGUAAUGACAGAGCUUCCUCAUUUAGAUCUUAAUUUAUGUCCUUUAAACAAAAUUGAUUGCAUGGUGGUUAAAUACUGUGUUGAAUGCAGUGAAUCCGUGAAAAUGCUUGAUGUGCGUUACUGCAAUUUAGGAGAUGAGGAAGUGAAAAUUCUUUGGGAAAUUCUUCCUAAAUGCAUUUCGAUCAAGAUAGGUUCUGAUAAUCUUAGUGAAGAAGGACUGGAAUUUCUCUGUGAAAACCUUGUUAGACACCAGCUUUUUCAGCACAUAGAACUGAAUAUAAGUAAAAAUGGAAGUCAGUCCAGUUUUGUACUUGAGGCUCCAGCAAUCCCCAUUAACUGCAGGUUAUCCUUCUCUGGUGUCCCAGACUUGGCUGUGAAGCACAGAAGCCAGAUGCUUAUUCCAAAAUACAAACCAAGAAAUUUCCAGUUGCUAGAAGGGAAUAGUGAGGAGACAAUAAUGUAUAUCAUUAACUUAUUAAGAAGUGAAAAUUACUGUGUAGACAGACUGAGAUGUGGUAUACGUUCACUAGAGGGAAUAGAAAACAUAAACAGGAUUCUGUCCAUGGAGACCAAAAUGAGAAAUAUGACCUGGGAAUUAAUGAAUGGAGAUGAAAAUGGUUACAGCACAUUGAUAUAUGAUGCUAAGGAAAAGGAGUUAAGGCUCUCAGUCUUUGGAAACUGUACAAAUCAUACCAUCCAAACCAGCAGACAACUAAUCCCGAGUUGUAAACCCACAUACAUCUACUUUCAGGAUCUAAAUGAAGCAAUACUAAGAAACGUCAUUAGGACAUUGAACAUUGACGAUUAUUAUCAAAAAUCCCUGACGAUAAAGAGCAAUGCAUACACUACAACUUCGGUGGAAAAUAUCCGUGGAAUUCUAUCAAAUGACAAAAAGAUGCUAAAGCUGUCAUGGAAUGUAUAUCUACGUGGGAGCCCUGAAAUUACUAUGAUGCAUGAAGCUGGUUCUCCUGAGAUAAUGACUCAGAUUGUGUGAUCAGCAGUUUACUAUAAACAAUGAGAAGUAUAAUUGGCGCAGUGAAGAGGAUUCAGCCAUCUUAUGUCUGAGGAGUAGAUGCACCCCUGGAAACGCACUCAUCUCCUACAAGCCUGGAAGAAUUAAACUGAUGUCCAGUUAAACUGUGAUGAGAAUGCAAAACCACCAACUGCUAUAAGCAAGAUAUAAUGUGACACUAACUGUAGCCUUCCACCAUCCCACUGCUAAACUAUAAAGGAACAUUUGCAGUGUUAUUAAAUAUUGUGUAGCCAGCUAUGCAAGAUACAUUCCAGAAAAAGGUGUUAUGACACCAUAAAAGACAUAAUUAAAGUGACAAAUCAUGCUGUGUAAUACAAGUCAACCCAUAUCUCCAGGACAGCAAUGUUCCUUGAGGCAAACUGUAGAUGACAUCUCAGAUUGGUCCACACAUAUGUCCAAAGACUGGUUGACCAAGGAAGAGUACUGAUAAUAGGCAGCAUUUUCUAGGAAGUGGCAGCUGUGUUUUCUAUAGUGAAGCAAAAUAUCACCAGAUAUAGCCACUACAGAAGGUUGAUCAAUAAACAACAGGAUAUCUUCAACAUAUUGUCACAGGGUAACCCUACACCUAAGAAGAAGAAGAGUGGUGGAUGGUUGUGCAUAAUGAUGCACUAUGCUAUAUCCUCCUAGUCUGUUAAUGUGUAGUUUAUGAAUAUAGCUAAGAAGGGACAAUUGUCUACCUCCGUGUGCAAACUGGGAAUUAUCAGCCAAUCAGGGCCGAAGUCGAACUCAUCUGUAAAGAUGACCCAAUACCAGUCCUUUGUUAUCAAGCCUAAUACCACUUCUAAUGCCAUCACAAAAUAUAUGUGUCAACAACAGAUGCUAUAAUGAAUUCUGUGAACACAAUUGUGUAUCCGAAAACUAUAUUCCAUGCUCCAAGAUGUUGCCAAGUAAUUAAUGUGUACUGUGCCUUUUUGAUUUGAAACAUACCUUCAUAUUGGCAUAGAGAUGAACAAUUGCACAAAUUAUCUUCCCAUUGUAGUGUUCGUUUGUGCCUUGAGAUCCAUCCUUCAACCAUCAUCACCAGUUUCAUCCCAUGGUGACAGCUCCAUGCUUAUUAUAUACCUUAUAUACCUAUUAUAUACCUGUGACCUAAAUGCAAUUGUUUGAAGUCUACCAUAUAAAAGCCUUUUUGAUAUAUUUUACUUACAGCUGCAAGGAAACGUGUGUGUUAACGCUUUAGCAUUACCCGGAUUUCUGCUUUAUCUAUACAUAUAAAAGGCAAAGCCCUCACUGACUCAUCACUAAUUCUCCCACUUUCCAUAUAGGUGGGAAACUGAAAUUUCGUGUGCUCAUUCCUUGCAGUGUAUUUACAAAAGUUAGGUAUGUUUCAUGUCCUAUUGCAACACCCAAGGGGGAGAAAUGGGUGUACCCCCUAAACCAGGGGUUCUUAACCCAAGGGAUAUGGGAACCAAAUGCUGGGGGUAUGUGACUUGAUCUCUGGGUACUGGUAUUUAUUUUAUUGAAUGUAUUAAUUUAUACUUGGGUAGUACGUGAAUGGAAUGCAAUAGAAUCUUUGAGAACAUUCGACAUUUUCUGCAAAUGCUUGUAUUUAAUUUUACAUGUGUGUGUUUACUACAACUUUAAUUUUAAAUUUAAAUUUAGUACAUUUUAAUUUUAAUAUUUCAAUUUAAUAAAUGUUUAUUUACUGAACAAGCGUGUAUUUACUCGUUUAUUAGCAAUGUACGUAUCUCGAAGACUCUAGAAGCAUGUUUUGCAUUGUAUAUAAAGUCGGCGAACGAGCGCCACCAUUCAUUCUGUAUUUGACUACCAUUAUGUACAUAGUGCUUUUUGCAGUUUUUCUUUUGUCCUUUUACAGAUUUUCUGCAAAAUGUUGUCUGUCAAAAAACGGAAGUGGAAUGAUUCAUAUGUUGGUUUUGGCUUCACCUGUGUGACAGAACAAGAUGGAACUGAAAGACCCCAAUGCAUGAUUUGCAAUUUGGUAAUGAGCAAUAGAAAUUUGAAGCCAUCAGGACAGAGGGAACAUCUCGAAAGCAAAUACAGUAAUCAUGUUGGUACAUCGAUUGAUGCUUUUAAGUUGAGAAGAGUUUGUUAUGAUCAGAAAGCAACUCUUUCAUCAUGUGGGUUUGCUGCUCCUGGAAAACCUUUUUUGGAAGCCUCCUACAAAGUUUCGUACAUGAUUGUCAAAGAAAAGAAGCCCCACACGAUUGGGGAGACCCUCGUGAAACCUUGUGCGCUGGAGAUGGCAAAAAUCGUGCUGGGAGAGGAUGCUGCAAAGUAAUUGAGUCAGGUGUCCUUGUCCAACGACACUGUACACCAGAGAAUUAAAGACAUGAGUCAGAACAUAAUAACCCAAGUUGUCAGUGAGGUUAAACAAAGUCCUGCAAAAAUCAGCAUGCAGGCCGAUGAAUCAACUGAUGUUUCAAACCACAGUCAAUUGCUUGUAUUUGUACACUAUGUACAUAAAAAGAACAUCAAGGAAGAGUUUUCAUUCCGUGAACGACUCGAAACAACAACCAAAGCAGUUGACGUAUUCAAGCUGAUCCAAUCGUUCUUUGAUCGCCAUGAGUUGGCAUGGGAUUUGAUUGGGUCUAUUUGUAAAGAUGGAGCUCCUACCAUGAUUGGCAAAAAAAUCUGGCUUUGUAGCUAUGGACAACGAGAUAGCUCCACAUGUGCUCUGUACACACUGUGUUCUACAUCACCAAGCUCUGGUAUCCAAAACAUUGCCAAAGAAACUUAAAGAAGUGAUGGGAAUACUUGUGCAAACAGUCAACUUUAUUCAUGGACGUGCAUUGAACCAUCGAUUAUUUCAAAACUUCUGUGAUGAAAUUGGAGUGGAACACAGUGUGUUACUGUAUCGCACAGAGAUACGUUGGCUGAGUCGUGGCUGUGUUUUCGCACGUGUAGUAGAAAUUCGGAAUGAAAUUCUCAAAUUCCUCAAGCAUCAACAAUCCCCCCCUAGCUGAUCAUUUUGAAGAUGAACAUUUUAUUGUUAGCCUGGUAUAUUUGGCUGAUAUUUUCAGUCUCCUCAAUGACUUGAACAUAUCAAUGCAGGGAAGGGAUGUGGACAUUGUUCAAGCCAGGGGAAAAGUUGUUGCAUUUGUAAGGAAAUUGCCUAUCUGGCGUCGCUGUGUUAAAAGCGGAAACCUGGCAAACUUUCCAAUCCUUGACAUUAUCCUUAUUGGAGAUGGUAAAACACUACCUGUAGAAAUACUUCAAGAAGUCAAAAAUCAUUUGGAAGUUCUAAGUACAAAAUUUGAGGGUUACUUUCCAGAUAUUGAUGAUCUUAGCAUGGAAUCCGUUUGGAUACAAAACCCUUUCUCAUUUGAUAUAUCGAGAUUGAGUGAUAACGAUUCAGCAAAGGAUGAUUUCAUUGACUUCCAAGAAGCCCCAAGAAUGAAAGCUAAUUUCGAAAGGGCUGGGAUGGAUGUCAAGCAGUUUUGGUGUGAGCAAAUCCCAGUUUACCCAAGCUUGGCAAUGAGGGCAAUGAAUGUUUUGGUUCCCUUCACAACUAUGUAUCACUGUGAAACAGGAUUCUCUGCAUUAUUAAAUCUGAAAUCAAAGUGGAGAAAUCGACUUAAUGUGUCAGAUGACAUGUGAGUAGCUUUGUCCGUAACUGUACCCUGAUUCCAUGCUUUGAUUGCACAAAACCAACAGCAAAUAUCUCACUAGAUUAGUGAAAGUCUGUGUUAUGUGGUCGAGAUAUUGAAAAAACUUGCACAUUUACGUUUGUUUUCUUCUUUUGUGUAAUAUUCAACAGUUAUUGGUUUAUAAUCUGAAAAAGGUGAAUCAAAGUUAUAUUGUUAAAUAGUAGAUAUUUGUAUAUUUGUCAUUUGUCAUUUUUUAAUUUUGCUUUUUGUAAAUAAAUAUGAUAAAGUAUCAAUGCUUA